GUCCCCUCGCAGUCGUCACGUAGCUCACGUAGUCGGUGGUAGUUUUUCGCUCCCCUAGGGGCUAUCGCCGGUGUGAAACGGCGACGAGAGAGAGAAGUGACGGUCGAGAUAGAGCGCGGCGACCACAAAGAACGUCUCAGUCGGCGCUGAGCCAUUGCCUCAGCAAGUCUCGCCACAAGUCGGAGAGAUCUAGUUCCACCGGGAGAAACUUUCCGCCAAACAUGAGACCGCAGUUGGCCGGCUACCGGAUCGGGACGAGAAUCGUCCUCGCGGCGAUUCUCGUCCUCUGCGCGAGGAUCACGAUCGCCAUACGCGUCACGCAAGUGUCCGGCAGGAAGAGCGACGUGGUCUCCGACCAGACCCCAGCGUCAUCCUUCUGGACGCCCACUAUCAAGACGGGCAACAUCUUCACCGACGAUACAACCAACUUCUUCCCCUCGAGCCAUGGCCUGGUGCAAACUCAUCCGCCGACCGGCAACGUGUUUCGAAGCGGUUUCGGGGGGAUCGACAAUCUUGGCAGUCGGGGGGUGACUGUCAGACCACCGAGGACGAGGCCCCUCGAUUACAGCGAGCGUUCCACGGCCGAAUUGCGCCGAAAUCCGGCGCUUUCCUCGCCGGACGAGUGUGCCAGAGCUUGCCGCGAAAACGAACCGCCCAGGAUAUGCUAUUACCAUUUCACCCUCGAGUAUUACACCGUGCUUGGGGCCGCGUGCCAAAUUUGCACCCCUAACGCGACUAACGUGGUCUGGAGCGAUUGUCAAUGCGUGUUGGCAGAUGGCGUGGAACGAGGUAUUUUGACAGCGAACAGGAUGAUACCCGGGCCAAGCAUCCAAGUGUGUCAAGGUGACAAAGUCGUGAUCGACGUGGAGAAUCACAUCGAAGGUAUGGAAGUUACCAUUCAUUGGCACGGCGUGUGGCAGAGGGGCUCUCAGUACUACGAUGGAGUGCCAUUCGUGACGCAGUGCCCCAUUCAAGAGGGUAGCACCUUCAGGUACCAGUGGACUGCUGGAAACGAGGGUACGCACUUCUGGCACGCCCACACAGGAUUGCAGAAAAUGGACGGCCUGUACGGAAGCAUAGUGAUACGUCAACCGCCUAGCAAAGAUCCUAACAGCAAUCUUUACGACUACGAUCUUACUACCCAUGUCGUUCUCAUCAGCGACUGGUUCCAUGAGAACGCGGCUGAACGUUUUCCUGGCCGGCUAGCGGUUAACACCGGCCAAGCGCCUGAGAGCGUGUUGAUAAACGGAAAAGGCCAAUUCAGGGAUCCCAACACCGGUUUCAUGACGAACACGCCACUCGAGGUGUUCACCAUAACUCCCGGUCGUCGUUAUCGUUUUCGACUGAUCAACUCGUUUGGAUCAGUUUGUCCAUCUCAGAUUACGUUCGAAGGCCAUUCCCUCACCGUGAUCGCGACCGACGGAGAGGCGGUGCAACCAGUCACAGUGGACACCAUCAUCUCGUUCUCUGGGGAAAGAUACGACUUCGUGAUAAACGCGGAUCAACCGGUAGGCGCGUAUUGGAUCCAAGUUCGCUCGUUGGGAGAAUGCGGUAUACCUCGUGCUCAACAGUUAGGUAUAUUGAGAUAUGCUCGUGGCCCAUAUCAACCGACCACUACAGCGCCCACUUACGAUUUUGGUCUUCCGCAGGGUGUUGUAUUGAACCCACUGGACGCGAUCUGCAAUCGUCAACGCGAGGACGCGAUUUGCGUGAGCCAAUUGAAGAAUGCUCGUCAAAUUGACCAAGGAAUUCUCCAGCAGCGUCCAGACGUGAAGAUAUUCCUGCCGUUCCGUUUCCUCUUCUACAGGCCAGAAGAAGUCUUCCAGCCGCAAACGUAUAAUCGAUUCUUGGUCGCACCGACCGGAGAUCACGUAAUCUCUCUCGUCGAUGAAAUCUCGUUCACAUUUCCGCCGGCGCCUCCGCUUUCGCAAAUCGACGACAUCCCGCCCGAACAGUUUUGCAACGGCGAUAACAGGCCGGCCGACUGUGGCGCCAACUGCAUGUGCACCCAUCAGGUCGACAUCCCGCACAACGCGGUCGUCGAAGUGGUCCUCGUCGACGAAGUCCAACAGCCGAAUCUGUCUCAUCCAUUCCAUUUACACGGAUACGCUUUCAACGUGAUCGGUAUUGGCCGUUCCCCGGACAAAAACGUGAAAAAGAUCAAUCUGAAACACGCGUUGGAUCUCGACAAGAGAGGUCUGCUCAACCGACAGUUCAAUCUGCCACCUGCCAAGGACACUAUCGCCGUCCCGAACAAUGGCUACGUCAUUUUCCGAUUCCGCGCCGAUAAUCCUGGAUACUGGCUGUUCCACUGCCACUUCCUCUUCCACAUACUGAUCGGGAUGAAUCUGAUACUACACGUCGGGACCCACGCCGAUCUUCCGCCAAUACCACCAAAUUUCCCCAGAUGCGGGGACCACUUACCGGCCAUCACGCCGCCAUCGCUGUCGCUCGACUCGUUUCACUGAUCCGUCCUGAGGGAAGCAAAAAAAAAAAAAAAAAAAAGAGGAAAGCUAAAAGGAAAACAAAAAAAAAAAGCUGUCUAAAGCAUACAAUUAUCACAUCAUAGAGUAUUCCUGUAAAGUAGUCACACACAUGUGUGUGCUGUAGCGAGUGCUGCUAUUUCGUUAAUCUUCCUCUUCGUCGGGUCGGUUCGUAGUAGUGUUCUACGAGAGAAAUGAAUGAACAGAGAGAUUGAGAGAGGAGAAACAAGAUCGUGUGUAGUAGCGCGAAGGAGAAUGAGUCGUGAUCCUGGAAAUACGAGGAGGCACGAGCGACCGAGAUGUAAGACGUGAGAGUUUUCGAUCGGAUGCAACGUAAACACACACGCACGUGAGCCGAGACCCGCUUUUGGUGCCGCAAUAGGCGAAUACGAAAAUAGCCAACAGCCGAUAUUUAUUAUGUCCUAGAUGCUUUACCCAGCCACUUUGCGCAAUCGAACCUCCCUUUUUCUCCAAUUAAACGAUUUCGCCGCGUGAAGUCACGCGGUGAACGGUCACGUGGCGAAAUAUAUAUAAAAUAGGCGAACAGGUCGAACACGAGUUGGCCGAAUAUAGUUGAAACGUAACUAACACAAUCCGUAACAACCGUGUAAAUAAUGAGUAGUCGUGUUACACGUUUAACGAGACGCAUUAACGGGUGGGUGUUGUGUUAUUCGGGAUUAAAUUAGCGCGAGGAGCAUUAAUUAUUUCGCGGAGAUAGAACACGGAGGAGGAGACCUUUCACCGCGAGAUGAAAGGAUCAGACGAUCGUUAGGGAGACGCUGUUUAAGGAAACUUGAUCCGUUUCGAUCUGGAUGAUCGUGGCUCGAGCUCGAACCAAUUGCCGCGAUAUUGGCGCUUCGCCGUAUCGAAAUCCAGGUUCCUAAAGUGGCCUUAGUUAGGAAAGGAAAUUAUUCUCUGCCCCUAGAAUGGGCCGUGUGGCUUGUCGUUCUUGUCCUUGUCAAUAAUUUCAAGUAGUGCAAUUAGGGUUAUAUAAAGUGGAAGAAAGGUAACAUUUAGAUUAUUGCCUGAUAUGAAAAGUAUAUAUAAGGAAAAAAAAAAA